CACUCACGUGACCAAAACACUAUCAUGGCGGCCACCGCUGCAGUCCGGUCGAGCGUGGGACUGACUUUGAGACUUUCUAGAGUUAUACCAGACUGUAGCAAAUGUCCUUUUAACAGGUUAAAUACUUGCACGAGUGGCAUUUCUAGUGUGUCGAGAGGAGGAACUGUUGAUCGUUUUCGGACGUUGAACCGACACUUACAGACCUCUAAUGGAUUGUACCACGACGAGGGGAGGACUAACGCGGAAGACCCUGACGAUGUGGUCAACGUGGUGUAUAUAGACCGGUCUGGACAGAGGAUUCCAGUGAAGGCGAAGGUUGGGGACAAUGUCCUUUACCUGGCUCACAAGCAUGGUAUAGAACUGGAAGGUGCUUGUGAGGCAUCUCUAGCUUGUUCAACGUGUCACGUCUAUGUGAGUGGAGACCACUGUGAAAAGCUACCGGAGCCUGAGGAAAGCGAGGAUGACAUGCUCGACAUGGCUCCCCUGCUCCAGGAGAACUCUCGUCUGGGAUGCCAGAUCGUCCUCACCCAAGAGCUGGAAGGCAUCGAGCUCACCCUGCCCAAGGUCACCAGAAACUUCUAUGUGGACGGCCACGUUCCCAAACCACACUGAGGACCGAGGGAGGGAUCUCCCCACCACAGCCGCCGUCUUCUGCUGGAGGGAAAAGGAAGAGAGGGAGGGGGGUGCAGUCGGCCAUCUUGGGUGUACUUUGCGGCCCGUGGGUGGCCAGGGAUGGAGGGUUGCCCGGCUGGGAUAGAGAAGCACUUAUAGCAUCUCCCUCUAGUGGACCUCUAAAGAAACUCCUAGUUUACUAACGACAGGACCGCAUGCCAGACAAUAUAACAGACCUAUGCAAAGGCCUAGAUCAGAGAAUCACUAAAACAAAUCUGAAGUGUGGAGUCAUUGGGCUCACAUUCAUGAUGUCCAUUGUCCAGUUGGGUGUCCAUGGUUAGCAGCUGCUAUAUGGGGAAAAUAUUGACUGGUUUUCAGUGUUUAUGUAACUGUGUCAUUCUCGGGCCAGGAUUGAUACGUCAACUCAAACUAUUCAGUCACACACACUGUUGUUCUUGGAUAGGUCCUCAAUGUAUAAUAGUCAUUUGAUAUUAUGUUAUUGCAUCAAUUCAAGAAGCAUUUAUUUGGUAGGGCCACAGUGUCCUUGAAUGGAACAUUCCAUGUUACAACUAAUUUACAAAAGGUCAUAUACGCACAAUUAUUUUCUGAACAAAAGCCUCCAAAUAGUAUGGAUGGUCACGUGGUAACCUAUCAAUACUCACUUGUCGCAGUAUUACCAACAUACAGCUUCCAUUGUAUUACCGUUGCAUCAUAUUUGUUCCUAGUUUGCUCAUGUGAGAGGUUUGCGAGGGUGAGGGAAGUGACUUGUCAAGGUUUCUAUUAUUUUCAUAUUGACACAGAUUAUCCCCUUCCGCCAUAAAGCCAUCCGCAACCAUUAACCUUAACCCAUACUACAAGUGGUAUGCUUUGAGUUUGAGCUGCUGAAGGAACAUUAGUAUAGAUUGGAGCUAAAAGAGUUGAUCUCUCAUCAAAUAUUGUUGAAUAAACUGACAGAGGAACCUUCGGUGUUGUUUCUCUGACAAGUUAUUUUACAUGUCUUGCCCACAUCAAUCUUGAUCAUGUUUUUGCCUUAACAUUCAACUUCCCGAGUUGUAAAAAAAAGCUACCAGUCAGAGCUGUAUUCAUCCAUUUUUCAACCUCCAAGGUUUUUUUUCUUUUCUUUCGUGAAGCCAAUCCACCCCUUAAUUUGCAGUAGCCAAUUAUUGUCACUUCUCACUAGCUUGCUUGAUUCCACAAAUAGGCUAAUUAUCUAAUCUGAGUCAGGCGUGCUAGGAAAGAAAGUGACAUAUAGACUGGACUGCUGGUUCAGCAGAUGAAUCCAUGAGAUCUUGGAACGUUUUUACCAAUAACUAGUCUGCACUUGUACUGUAAGUGUCACAUGCGCACAAAUGUAUGUAAUAUAUGUUUCAUUGGAAAAUCAUUUGAUGAGCAUUAAAACUCGUUUUGAAAAUAA